GAGGCUACCAUACUCACCUCCAUUUCACUCAGAAUUCAAGGGAAAAUGUAAUGCGCUCGCUGAGCAGAAUGACCGUAUUCUUGGUGUAUGCACAUCCUUCCUCAACUCUUUCGCUACUGAUCGUUAUGCAGGCGGAGAUCCCGGGGCAAGAGCAAGAUGACUAUGAUACAGAACCCAAUUUCUUCCAUGGAAUGCAUCAAGUGUGUACAAUAGCAUAUCUUAUUCCGUUAUCUCUUACACUGUUCAUUACAGCAUUCUCAAAAAUCCCGACCACGGCCGGAACGGCGCCACGGGCGUCUGAACAGACUGAAGCUCGCUAUGACGAUGACCCCUCGUUCAGCUCCCCUGCUACCACCGGUACCUGCACCUGCACCAGCACCAGCACCAGCUCCUACACCUAUCACCCCACCAUCAACCGCCGCUCCUACCACCCUCAUAGCGCGGCUAGGAAACCUAUUCCCCUGGAGGUCCGAUCAUACAACACCGCCCGUCGUCGAUGUUCCGUUCGCGAAGGGUAAAGAGCGUAAUGCUGCCGCGGAUGCUCCUGGCAAAGACCCCGACAUCGUACCUUAUGAAUAUCAAGAUCCGGAUCCUACUCAACCGGACCCCAAUACACAACAGCAGCAACAGCCAUUAGCAGUGCAGGUAGACACCGGGGAACAUGGACGCGGACGGUCGUGUUGCUGUUGCUAGAGGAAUUGGCAGAUGUCCGCGGUUAUUUCAGUUUUACCGUCGAUUUUGUUAUGAUAUCUACACUGCUGUUUUGUCGAUAGCUAAUGCCCAUUCAUCCGAAAUGUUGUUCAUAACGGUCACUAAA